AUGAAUACCUACAAGUCACCGUAUCUCGACGUGAACAUCCCCACGGACCGUUCUGUCUCUCAGAUUCUCGAAGAAUUCAACCCUGAUCUCAUUCGCCAUGAUAAAGUUAUACUUGAGGACUUUGGGGCUCCUCAUAAGUCUAUCACUUAUGGUGGGAUAAGAGCAGCAGCAGCACAGGGUGCUGCAGGCUUGAAAGGAGUAUUGGGAAUGAGAGAAGGCGAUAUGGCUGCUGUGCUAUCUUCCAACUCGGUAGAUUGGGCAAUUCUGGGCCAUUCAAUAUGGUGGCUUGGAGGUAUCAUUUGUGCAAUUAAUCCUAGCUCUACAGCGUACGAACUGGUGCAUUAUCUCGCCAUUGCGAAAGCAAAAUUCAUAUUCCUAGAAGAAGAUGUGCUCGCUAAGGUAGAGGAAGCAUUAAAACUGGGUGGAGGUUCUAUAACUAAGCCCACAAUCGUUGUUCUUGGUAAUGAUUUUGCCGGAGACGCUUAUAGAGUGUUCCCCCGAGAUAUACUUGACGGAACAAAGGUUCAAACCCCGCCAUUCAACCUUUCGAAUUCAGAUAACCGGAAAAGAGCUGCUGUGAUAUGCUUCAGCUCCGGGACGAGCGGCAAGCCCAAGGCCGUCGUGCUUAGCCACUACAACAUAAUAGGAUACCUAGUUUGCAUGAGGCAGACUGAUCCGUUUCUGUAUAAUGGAUUCCAGCGGGAGGUCUUCUAUGCUCCUUUCAGUCACCUAUAUGGAAUGAUGAUGGCAUUUGUGCUACCUGCAUUUUCAGGGCGCUAUGUUGUUGUUAUGAACAAGUUUGAGCUUCAGCCAUAUAUAGAACGGUGCGCAGAGAUCAAAGCAACAGUGCUGUGUGUAGUCCCCAGCACUGCCGUGGAGCUUGUAAAGGCACCGUUCGUCCGGGGACUAGAUUUAACAUCCGUCCAAACCAUCCUCUGUGGGGGUGCACCACUUCAAGUGGGAGUUGUGCAGCAGCUGCAGGAGCUUAUGGGUGAUACAAACAUUGUGCAAGGAUAUGGGCUAUCCGAGGGAGGAGUUACAAACCUGAGAGGUCAUGCAUCCAAAUGGAAGGCAGGAAGCGUUGGUCGCCUCUUCGCAGGCCAUCAGGCACGAAUUGUUGACGGUGAUGGUAAAGAUGUUACCGCAGGGCAGCCAGGACAGAUUAUAAUCAAGGGUCCUACUGUUUUUAUCUACGGAGGGGUGGUAUCACUAACAACCAGAGAUAGGGAGUACAAAGAUAACCCAGAGGCAACCAAGGCAGCAUUUAAGGAUGGCUGGUUCUGCUCUGGAGACAUCGGUCGUAUGGACUCGGAUGGCUUUCUCUGGUUAACUGGCAGGAAGAAGGAGCUUAUAAAAUAUAAAGGGCUACAAGUUUCCCCUGCUGAACUUGAAGAUGUGCUUCUCUCUCAUCCGGAUGUCAAAGAGGCAGCUCUCUGCGGCGUAUUUGACGCUCAGCGCCAGACAGAAGUUCCAGUGGCAUACGUUAGCCUCCAGAAGAGAGAGGCUACAUCUAACCAGGCUGAGAUGGGGGGUAUCCUGCAGGGAAUCAGGAAAUAUGUUGACGGGCGUGUGUCGUCUCAUAAACAACUCCGGGGGGGAGUGCAUUAUCUGGCGGAGAUACCAAAGAACGCAAAUGGGAAGCUGAUGAGGAGACUUCUUCCUGCAAAACUGGCCGAGGUCGGUAAGGAGAACAGAAUAUCAAAGCUCUAG